UUGAAUAAAAGAUGGGAAAUUGGAAUCUAUGGUCAAACAGACCAAACAGACCAAAACUCAUUCAAGUCAAAUCUCUCUCUCUUCUUCUUCUUCUUUUAUCCUUCUUUCUCGUCUUGAUGGAAACUGCCAUGGAUGAAGUUACAGGUGGCUUGAGCUUCUCAUCUUCAACACCCCCCCCUCAAGGUGGAGGGUAUUGAAGAAACCCCCAACUUGGAAAGUAUAUCACGGUGAGAAGCUCCAGUUAGGGGUUUGGUAAACAAAUCAGCAAGUUGUUGGUCAGAUGGGACAAAUCGAAGUGAGAUGAGACCGGAGAGGUAUUGCCGUCGAACAAAAUGACAGUCAAGCUCGACAUGCUUCGUUCUCUCAUGAAAAACGGGGUUACGAGCGAUGUGUAUCGCAGCUUGACUGUCCGAGUGAAUAGGCACUGGUAAAGAUGGAGAUAGAGAUAGAUCUUCAAGCAAACGGACGAGCCAAAUGAGUUCAGAGGUGACUUUACGCAUGGAUCUAUACUCGACUUCGGCAGAAGAGAGGCUUCUUCGAUUUCCAAGAAAUGGGAGCACCCUCAAGUGUUAUGAAGAACCCACUUACUGAUCUGCGGGAGUCGGAGCAUGAAGCCCAAUCGGCAUCGCAGAAUGCUUGCAAGGAAAAAGAAGGGGUUGAAGAAAGAAGGAUCCCCUGACCUGGAUCUAAAUGAAGGUAUUUGAUUACUCGAAGAGCAGCAGAGUAAUGGGAAAGGCAGGGUCUUGACAUGAAUUGACUGAGCUUUAACACUGGAAAUGCCAAAUCUGGACGAGUAUGUGUAAGGUGAAACAAUUUAGCACCAUUUGAUUUCCCAAAUCUGUGCUCUAAGCUAUCCCACAGCUCCUUAGCAGUCUUUGAGUAAAUGACACUGUCCUUUAUCUCUUUGGACAGAGAAUUUAGUAACCAGGCUGUAACCAUGUCAUUACAGCAACUCCAUUGUUCAUAUUCUGUGGAGCUCAGAUCUGGUGGUUUGCAAGAUCCAUUUAUGAAGCCAAGUUUCUUUUGGCUGAAAGAGCUAUCAAAAUGGAUCUCUUCCACCCUGGAAAUCCUCUACCUUCAAACACAGUGUUGAAAAGGUUCAUACCAGGGGAGUCUGAUGCAUGAAGAUAGUAGGGGUGAGAAGGGUUAAUAGUGGCCGCAUUGCUGUUUUCAGCAACUGCAACAUUUGUGGUUUCAGAUGUGGUAGAGUCUCCUGUCAUGGUUGAUAGAUUAUGAUGACACAGAAAUUGUAUUUGAUUUUAGCAGUAGAUCGAGCUCACUACUCUGAUACCAUGUAGGAAAUAUUGAGACUGAUUGUGGAAAAAUUUCUGUGUAAUUUUAUUCAUCCUCUAAGCUUGUAUAUAUACAUGUCUUUGUACAAAUAAAUAAAAGAAAAUUGCUGGAAAAGAAAUCAUCAUGGCUGUACACUUGUCCUUUAUCUAUACUACUAAUCAUUAUCAAUGUAACAACUUUGAUUCUAUUUUAUACUCAAUCACGUGCUGGUCACAGCUGUGCUAGUUGUCCAUCUGAUGGCGGAGAAUUAAUCCAUCUAAAAUUAAAUUGGAUGUUGUGAUAUCUUCCACGUGUCUUUACUUUGAAUAAAAGAUGGGAAAUUGGAAUCUAUGGUCAAACAGACCAAAACUCAUUCAAGUCAAAUCUCUCUCUCUUCUUCUUCUUUGAUCCUUCUUUCUCGUCUUGAUGGAAACUGCCAUGGAUGAAGUUACAGGUGGCUUGAGCUUCUCAUCUUCAACAUGCAUAUAAGUAUUUAAGAAGACGCUGAAAGAACAAGAUCAAUGACUGCUACUGGAGUACAGUUACACCUUCCCGAUGAUCACCAUGUGGUGCUGGAUAAUGGUAUUCUCCAAGUGACAUUAUCAGUACCAGAUGGCAUUGUAACGGGAAUCACAUACAAUGGCGUCAAUAAUUUGCUUGAGGUUCUAAAUGAUGAAACAAAUAGAGGGUACUGGGAUGUUGUUUGGAGUUCACCAGGGACUACCGGAACUACAGGAAUAUUUGAAAUGCUCAUAUGCACAACCUAUAAGGUCAUAUUGGAAACAGAUGAUCAAAUAGAGCUGUCCUUCUCAAGGACAUGGGAUGUGUCGCUACAGGACGAACUUAUUCCCCUGAACAUAGACAAAAGGUUUAUAAUGCUUAAAGGUUCCUCAGGCUUCUAUUCUUAUGCAAUUUAUGAACAUUUAGAGGGAUGGCCUGGUUUCAACCUUGAUGAGACUAGGAUUGCAUUCAAGCUCAGAAAAGACAAGUUUCAUUACAUGGCUAUGGCAGAUAACAGGCAGAGAUACAUGCCCUUACCUGAUGACAGGUUACCGGAUAGAGGACAACCACUUGCUUAUCCAGAAGCAGUCCUGCUUGUCAAUCCUAUCGAGCCUGAAUUCAAAGGCGAGGUUGAUGACAAGUAUCAGUACUCAAGUGAGGACAAAGAUCUGAAGGUCCAUGGAUGGAUUUGUAUGGAUCCAUCGCUAGGAUUCUGGAUUAUUAUUCCCAGUGACGAAUUUCGAUCUGGAGGACCCCUUAAACAAAACCUCACUUCUCAUGUCGGUCCAACUGCUCUUUCUGUGUUUCUGAGUGCUCAUUAUGCAGGUGAAGAUUUGGUUCCAAAAUUUGGACAAGGGGAGCCAUGGAAAAAAGUCUUUGGACCAGUUUUUAUAUACCUAAAUUCUGUCACUAAAGGGGAGGAUCCCCUUACUCUCUGGGAGGAUGCUAAAAGACAGAUGCUGAUAGAAGUUCAAAGCUGGCCUUACAGUUUCCCAUCCUCUGAGGAUUUUUCAUCAUCAUCUCAACGCGGUAAUAUUAGUGGAAGAUUGUUAGUACUAGACAGAUACUUCAAAGACGAUAAGAUAUCUGCUUCUGGUGCAUAUGUUGGCUUAGCUCCACUAGGAGAAGCCGGUUCGUGGCAAAGAGAAUGCAAGGACUACCAAUUCUGGAAAAGAGCAGAUGGGGACGGCAAUUAUGUAAUAAGUAAUAUACGAGCAGGCGACUAUAACUUGUAUGCAUUUGUCCCUGGAUUCAUUGGAGAUUACAAAAGUGACACUAAAGUUACAAUUACCUCAGGCUGCAGCAUUGAGAUGGAUAAUCUUGUCUUUGAGCCGCCAAGAAAUGGACCUACGCUUUGGGAAAUUGGCAUUCCUGAUCGUUCUGCUCGAGAGUUUUAUAUUCCCGAUCCGGAUCCAAAAUAUGUUAACAAACUCUUUGUUAAUCAUCCUGAUAGGUUUAGACAGUACGGCCUAUGGGAGAGAUACGCCGACUUGUAUCCAAAUGGGGAUUUAGUCUUUACAAUUGGAGAGAAUGACUAUAAAAAAGAUUGGUUCUUUGUUCAAGUCACUAGGAAAAUGGAUGAGAAGACAUAUCAAGGAACGACAUGGCAAAUAAAGUUUAAGCUUGACAGUGUAAAUCAAAAUGAAAUCUAUACACUAAGAUUGGCACUUGCAUCUACAGCUCAAGCUGAAUUACAGGUUCGCGUCAAUGAUCCAAGCACGAAUACUCCUCUAUUCUCAAGUGGAGUGAUAGGGAAGGAUAACGCGAUAGCAAGGCAUGGAAUUCAUGGACUAUACUGGCUGUUCAAUGUGAAUUUGCAGGGUACUAUACUUAUUGAAGGGAUAAAUACCAUAUUUUUGACGCAAGCAAAUGCAACUAGUCCUUUUCAAGGGAUCAUGUAUGACUAUAUUCGUCUUGAAGGACCUCCUUCCCAUGACUAAGGCAAAUUCUUUGAGAAUUCUAUACUUUUACUUCGUUAUCUUGAAAAUAUAUCUAUAUACCAAUUCUUCUAAAAGAGUUUUAAGUUAAUAUUCUGAAAGAAGAAAUUGUUGACCCAAAUAGGGGUAAAUUGUAUGUAAUCAGGGGCGGAGCCAGCCCAUCGGAUGUGGGUUCGGCCGAACCCAGUAGCUUUUAUCCGAACCAUGUAUUUGUAUUAAAUUUUUUGUCAAAUAUGUACAAAUUAUUAAUUAAGAACCCAGUAACUUUAAAGAAUUAGAACUGCGAACCCACAAGCUUUGAAUCCUGGCUCCGCCUCUGUAUGUAAUUACAUUUAAUGUAACAAACCACAAUGUAUACUUUUCUUUUUUUAAAUUUUGUGGCAUAGUUCGAAGUCAAUUUUUUUAAGGAAUUUUUAUUUGAUGAAAAUUACUUCAAAUAAUCUGACUUCACAUUCUUCAUUAGUCUUUCAGUUUACAUUCAUUAAUCAUACUAAACUAUCAAUAUUCCUCGGAGUUAACUUUCAACGGAUAUGUCAAAUUAACAAAAACUUGUUACUGUAGUUUCUAUUUUUUUUCUUUCUGCUCUACAGUAUUUUUUUUUAAAUAA